GAGACGCGAUGUGCCAGCUCGAUGUUGUCAAAAAGGCCGCUCAGAAAGCUGGUUAAUGGCGCUACUUUCGGCGGCCUAUGAAAUAGUGCGGGGCAAUUAAAGCUUUAUUUCUCACUGUGUGUUGUUCAGAUCGCCGAAUAGCUGGACUUAACACCACGAUAUGCAGUGAUGAAGCGGGUUAGGACUGAGCAAAUCCAGUACACAGUGGCUCAGUACCUGAAGCGACGGCAGUAUGUGGACACUGAGAGUUCCUCCAAAGGGGCCAAACUCUCUCAGUCUGCUGAGGAAAUGGCGGCAAAUCUCAUGGGUAUGAGCUCAGCAAGUCUUCUCUACUCUUUCUCUCUCUCAUUCCAGGCUGAGUCUGGCUGUGCCCAUGUGGUGUCUGCUGCCCCCUGCCAGGCGGACCCACAGCAGUAUGAGAAGCAGUUUUCCAGGCUGCGUGCCUUCCUCUCCGACGCUGAUGUGUCCUGGGGUCAGGAGGUGAGCGGCCUGCUCUAUCCGCUCUUCGUCUACCUGUACCUAGACAUGGUGCACUGCGGCCUGAAGAGUGCCGUCGACAGCUUCUACAGUCGCUUCCAGGGGCUCUUCCUGCAGGACGCCGAGCAGAGGGAUAUCGUUGAGCUGUUGCGGCAUGUCCUCACCUCACAGGACGUUUUCUCCAACCCCAAGCUCUCCGCUUUCCUUGACCACAAAUAUGUGGUGCACCUGACUGAGCCAGCCUACAGCUACCUGCUGCGUUACCUGCAGAGUGGGGACAAUGGCGCCCUCUGCUGGGUGCUGAGUGCCCACAUGCAGGUUGAGGUCACUGCAGUCCAGCGGAUGGGCUACCAGCUAUAUGGAUCGGCUCCUGGUGCUGGGUCUUCCUCACGGGGGGGGGACGCAGCAGAGGGUCUGGAUCCCGCCAACAUGACGUCCAGCAUACUCCACAAUGAGGCCGCGAUGGAGUCACUGCAGGACAGCAUCAAACGCGUGAAGGACGGGCCGCCAUCGCUUACCACCGUCUGCUUCUACGCCUUCCACCACACCGAGCAGCUGCUCAACACCGCCGAGAUUUCGGCUGACAGCAAGCUCCUGGCCGCCGGCUUUGACAACUCCUGCGUUAAGCUGUGGAGCCUGCGGGCGCGCAAGCUCAAGGCGGAGCCCCACCUGGUGGACGUGGCACGCGUGCAUCUGGCCUGUGACGUGCUUGACGACGAGGCUGAGGAUGAGGACGGCAUCGGCAGCGAGAUGAAGGUCCUACGGGGCCACUCGGGCCCCGUGUACCGCACCGCAUUCCUGACGGACAGCUCGGGCCUGCUCUCCUGCUCUGAGGACUCCACCGUCCGCUACUGGAAUCUGAGCAACUUCACCAACACUGUGCUGUACCAGGGCCAUGCCUACCCAGUGUGGGACAUAGACAUUAGCCCCUGCAGCCUGUACUUCGCCAGCAGCUCCCAGGACCGUACGGCGCGCCUCUGGACCUUCAGCCGCACGUACCCCCUGCGGCUGUACGCGGGACACCUGGCUGAUGUCGACUGUGUCAAAUUCCACCCCAACUCGAACUACGUGGCCACGGGUUCCACGGACAAGACCGUGCGACUGUGGAGCACCCAGCAGGGCAGCUCAGUGCGCCUCUUCACGGGACACCGCGGCCCCGUGUUCACCCUGGCCUUCUCCCCGAACGGCAAGUACCUGGCGUCGGCUGGCGAGGACCAGCGCCUCAAGCUGUGGGACCUGGCAUCGGGGGUACUCUUCAAGGACCUACGCGGUCACACGGACACCAUCAGCAGCCUGUCAUUCAGCCCCGACAGCAGCCUGGUUGCCUCAGCUUCCAUGGACAACUCGGUGCGGGUGUGGGACCUCCGCAACGCCCACGGCAGCAGCACCAGCGCCGGUGACGGCUCAUCCAGCGAGCUGGUGGGGCUCUACACUGGCAAUACUAGUAACAUGCUCAGUGUCCAGUUCAUGGCCUGCAACCUGCUGCUGGUGACAGGGACGGCACUGGAGAAGCAUGAGCACUAGCCUGACUGCAGGGGGCGCUAUCUAGAGGCGAGACUAAAACACAGCACAGACGGUGAGAUGGGGGGGGGCAGGACGAUUGGGCUCCCCAGGCAGCUGCACUGUGUUGAGGUCCAAAUACGAGCAGUGUUAGCGGAGCCCCUUAAGCCCUGGACUGUUUACAGAGAGCUGUACACUGACAGCAUGGCUGCCGGCACUCGGAUCUCCAUGAAGGGCAGAGCAAAGCACUAUAUAUAAGUUAAUUUUGUGCCAAAGUGGGACACCACUAUGCUUUUUUGGGUCUUGGUUUCAUUUUCGUUCUUGGCGCUCAUUUUGCUGGAAGAAUACUAGAGUAAAAUGUUGUAAUGCUGUACUGGGUCAAGACGAGGAAAUAAAGCCAGUUGCAAUACUGCAGCAAAAUUGCCAGCGGACAACAAUAUUUAGUUUUGUCAGGGUCAGUUCCUAAUAAAGCCUGUCUGUCCUUAGUAGCGGCUUCUUUGUAUGAGCCCAGAAUGUUUGAGUGAGAAGAUGUUUUUGGGCAAUAAAAAAAAAGUCGUUUAAAUGUAUGUGGGCAAAACAAUUGUGAAGCAUUUAAAUUCCCACAAUCUACAUUUACCAAAAACAUGAUUCUGAAUGUACAGGGCACUGCGCUGCUCAUAUUUUGCUCUUUUUUUUUUGUUGGUAAAAUAUAGAAUAGGAUCUUUAAAUACUAAUAUUCAAUUCAUAUCUCUGAGUGUCACUUGAUUUAGAUAUUGAGAUGGAAAAAUAUUUGUAUUAAUCUUCUAAGGAUAUAUUUACAUGGAGUCCCUGUUAUAAUUUUCCACGUUUUAGCUAAAACUGGAACAAAAAUGCUGUCCGGCACUGGUAUUGUGUUUUUGUUUUGGGUUAUUUUGGACAGCAGUAUAAUAUUUCAUAUUUACCAUGUGAAGCUCACUGUGAUGCACUCACUGAAAUGUUAAAUAUGUCUUGUGUGUAUCCAAGACACAUUACCUGUCAUUUAAGUACAUAAUGCUCAGUGACCGUAUUAGUAUUUCAGAGGUGGAAAAAUAUUUCAAAUUCAAAAUCCCGUUUGUAGUUAUUUCAUACAGCUAAAUAUUAAUUUUGUCAUUUGGAAUAUUCAAGUUGAACCAUCGUCUUAUUUGUCAGUCAUCUGUCGCUGUAUUGUGAAAUAAAAUCCCAAGUGUACAUCAAA